AUGGUCAUUGGUGUUGGCCAUAUCCAGGGUGUAGACUCGGGGCAUGACAAACUUGAGUUUAUCUCCAAAAAGUUACUAUCUAAUUUGGGAUUACGCGUGUUUCAAAUUAACAUUCCUCCACGAACAGCAGCAUGGAGUUUUCCAGCCAGAAGGAGUGUCAAAGAUCCAGAGGAGAACAUAUAUGAGGAUGCACCAUAUCCAAGUUGGGCUUUCUUUGAAGAAGCCUUCUUGGGGCAUUUCUUUUCCCGAGAAUCGAAGAAAGCAAAGGUAUGGGAGUUCCUUACAUUAAAACAGGACUCCUUGACUGCUAAUGAGUAUGGGUUAAAGUUCACCCAACUGUCCCGCUAUGCUCCGGAGAUGGUUAAAGAUAUGAAAAGCAGAAUGAGCUUUUUUGUUGCUGGCUUGGGUCGUACUUCAAGUAAAGGAGGUAGGGCUGCAAUGUUAAUUGAGGACAUGGACAUUUCAAGGUUUAUGGUCUAUGUGCAACAAGUUGAAGAAGAAAAGCUGAGGGACAAAUAG